AUGCGGCCGCCGCCGAAGAAACCAAAGGAAGCGCUGCCGGUGCCGAAGCAACUCAAGGUGCAUAACCCGGAGAAUGAGUCCCUCUCUCGCUUCUUCCUGGAGAAGUGGCGGGCGAUGAUGCAGGAGCCGGACGGGCUCUCGCCGAACAACUACCUCGCCUUCGCCAACGCCAACCGCAGCCUCUGCUCCUCCAAGGAGCCAAUCCGGACCCUCAAGGACUUCUCGAACGUCAAGGGUGUGGGACCAUGGCUCAUACAACAUAUGAAAAGUUUUUUUGCAGAGUCGAAUCAGGAUUUAUCUCCUGCAAAAGGUAAUGUUUCACUAUUUUUAUGGUUGACUGAAAGAAACCAAAAAGGGGAAAAAAGUUAUUUGCCAAGGAAGAACACUGCUGCUUAUGCCAUACUAAUAACACUCCUUAGGGCAAAGGCUAACGGGAAAUAUUUUAUGAUGAAACAAGAGCUUAUUGAUGCUGCUGAAGCCAGUGGACUGUCACGAGACGCGAUUGGUCCAAAUAAAAGUAAAGCAAAACAGAGUUACGGGAAGGACUGGUACACUGGUUGGAGCUGCAUGAAGACACUGCUAUCUAAUGGAUUUGUCACCAAGUGGAGUAACCCAGCAAAGUAUAUGCUAACUCGAGAAGGGGAAGGCACUGCACGUGAAUGUCUUUCAUGGUCUCGAUUAGAAGAUUCUCACAACACAUCUGCUAUGAAUCCUUCUGUUUCCAGGCACAGUCCUGAGCUUGUCAGCGGCAGUUCUCUGACAAAAAAGAAGAGCAGUUGCUACCGUCAAGUUCAAACUACUAAUUACGAAGGAAUCAUUUGCUGCGAUUCAGAUUCAGAAGAGCCAUGUGGAAAGAACAUUCCCCUAAAAGGCAAGGAGCCUGUUACUAAUUGCGGACUGCCAGAUAUUCCUCUUCCAUUCCAAGGAACACCCAAGCUGCAAUCUUCUGCAAUGGGUUGUGCUAAACUAGCUAUGCCACCUCGUCGAGCCAAGGAAAACUUUCUUGAAGCUUAUGAAGUUAUUUUAAUAUUGGAUGAUCGUGAAAAAUUCGGGUCUCAUUCAAGAAAAGUUGCUGAUAACAUUCGUUCACAGAGCCAUUUUGAGGUAGAGGUUAGACAGUUACCUGUGGGAGAUGGUAUUUGGAUGGCCUGUCAUAAGGAAGAUCACACAGACUGUUUCACCACUGAGGUUCUCGAUGGAUUUGAUGUUCAGAAAACUACUGGGUUUGCUGAUACUCAGAAGAGAUAUAUUGAUCUUACACAUUCAAUAAUAGCAUACUAUGAUGCAAAUUUCUCGAUUGUUGGUAAAACUUCUCGUGUUUGCCCAACCUUUGAUGAGUUUAAGAGAAAGUGUUGUGACCUUAAGAAGAAAACAGUGAGCGACAUAUUUGCCCUUCAGCUUAUGCAGGUGCCAAAAGUAACAGAAGAAGCUGCACAAGCUGUUGUAGAGCUCUAUCCAACCCCUUUCUUACUGGCAAAGGCAUACUCGAUACUUGAUGGUGAUAUCCCUGCACAAGAGAAGAUGUUAAAGAACAAGAACGAGAUGGUAAAUGCAGGAGCAAGCCGAAACAUAUUUCACUUUGUCUGGGGUGAUGGAGGAAAUACUCUGGACCCAGUUCUGAACUAA